AAUUGGCAAUUAAUGUCAACAACAGUCGGAACAGCCAAACAGAUCCGCAGAUAGACUUUCUCGGUGUUAUGAGAGCUGCCAAAAGGAAGUCCCACACACCUUCACAGUCUUGAGUGCUAAAAUGAUUGACGUGGGCCAGCAGGCAAUGAGUGGCUGGGUUGGAGCAACAACUGCGACAACUGACCGUGUUUCAUGCAUAUCGUUGGGCAAAUGAUAAGACGACAGCAACAGGAGACGCCCAGCUGAAGGAGAUCCAGUUGAAAUAGAGUAACAGAAUAAGCGAAUAGAUAAUAAAAGCCAAGUCAAUGUCGCUGCUGACAACCGUCAGGUUAUCAACGACAUUGCUGCUGUUUAUGCUGCUUCCAGCGGCAACAUUGCUAACAAAUCAACAACAACAACAGCAACAACAACAGCAGCUGCAACAUGUGCGCCACAAACGUCAAAACAACCCGGAUCAGAAGUUUUCGCUGCCCGCGGUGCCUCUGCCACCUCCGCCACCUUUCCCGGCGGCCAAGCAUAACUUUGCACUGAAUGCAUUUGCCAUUGGGGAGCAGGCAGCAGGCGGCACUGGCUCCGGCUCCGGCUCCGGCCUUGGCUAUAGUUCCAGCUCCUCUUCGUCCUCGCCGGGAUGUGGGGGCCUACUCAAGUCACGCUAUGGCCUCAUUCAAACGCCAAAUUUCCCACAUCGUUUUACCACGCCAUCGAAUGCGUUUGGAUAA